UAGUGAGUUUGUAUGUUGUGCUAGCAUAGCGAACUGCAUUCAUGUUCUCUUAGACAUUGUUUUUGCUAUAAAUCUGUCGACUUCAAUGUGAAAUAGUAAAGUUACGAGUGACACGGUGAAAUAAGACACGAUGGGUGUACCAAUGUUAAAGAACUGUUGCUUUUGCGCGAGUUUACACACGGGAAUGCUCAUUAUAGCGUAUUUGUAUUCAGUAUGGGCUCUAGUAGAGCUGACAGGGUACUGUCUGAUAGUGACGUUUCAUCCGCUGGAGUCGGAGCGCGGCGAAGGCGGCCUGUCCACGGGCAAGUACGUCACGUUCGUGGUGUCCGCGGCCGUGACGGGAGUGCACCUGCUGUGCUCUCUGCUGCUCAUACUAGCGGCGUACAAGAAGCUGUCAUACCUGACGCUGCCGUGGACGAUAGUGACGGGCCUCCUGACAGCGACGUACUUCGUGCUGUGCCUGACCGGCAUCAGCCUCGUGCUGCAGGACUCGGGGGAGCAGCUCGGCGUCGAGGCCGUCUUCAUCUGCGUGCAGUUCGUCAGGAUCUGCAUCUCGGUAUACUGCAUCAUGGUGGUGCACAGCCGCCACAAGCAGAUCAUGGCGGAGGAGGACGAGCGCCGCUUCAUGCAUUCAGGGAGGAUCAACAAGGGCAAGAGCGAAGACUACCCGCUCAUACGAAUAUAGAACUACCUACCCCAAAUUUAUUUAUUUUACCUUUAUAAUAAUUAUUGUAUUCAUGAAUUCUUCAUAGACGUUCUUGAAAAAUAAUGUAUAAUGAAUUUAAAAAAAGUCCCGACAUGACCGCACCGGAGCUUCUGGCGCUUACCUACUUUUCUAUGACAUGAAAGGGCGAUGACGUGAUGCUUUCCAUAGAAAACGAUGCGCCGGAAGCUCCGGCCCGGACACGGCCCGGUCUAACGUGAGUCAUCCUUAAAGGGAUCGAAACGUCGGGAAUUAUUUUAUUAGUAAAUUAAGCGCCACUUGCACCAAUCACCUAACCCGGGAUUAACGAGUUAUACCUACCUGAAGUUACCAUGGUUACCGGAACAAUAUGACACUGGUUUAAUGAUUUAACUGCUUAACCCCGGGUCAGUGGGAUGGUGCAAGUGGGCCUAAAUUAAGAUACAAGUGCGAAAAAUCAGUCAGUGAUACAAAAUUGAUGGUUGUGUUUAUUUAAUAAGCUUAUAUUAUUUGUUAGUUUAGAUAUAUGUAAUUAGGAAAAA